GCACAGUGUCUGUUUGGGUAUAAUCUGCCAGACUCCGCCCCGGCAGCACCUCCAGCUGAUGGUCCGCCUGUGAGCUGCUGAAUGUUUGGAAUUGUUGUGAUGGGAGGCCGCAGCCAUCUUGGAUGAGCGCCGCUCCGCACAGAGCACCAACGGUCGACGGUGACGGUGGAGCAGCCAUCCAGCUAGCUAACGUUAGCUGCUGCUGGGAGAGAUUAACCUCGCCUCUUAUUACGACUAUGCUUUAUUUGCGCCGUGUUACGUAGUCGACGCAUUGUGUGCGCAAAAAUGGGCAUAAGUAGUUUUAAACGUUUUGCGGCUAUAAUUUAAAAAAGGCAAAGGCGUUGCUGAACCUCGGUAUAUUUUUACAUUUCUGGAUAGAGGAGUUACUAUGAAUGGAGGAUAAAUGUUGCCGAAGGCUGACAGCAGCAGUUUCGUCCUCCUCUUCUCUCUUCUCUUCGUUCUCACACUAACGGACCCACCACGGACAGGUCCACGGCUAGCUCUGGCAAGAUUAUUGUCAGAGCAGCGCUGCAACACUGGGCAGUUUGCCUGCCGCAGUGGGAAGGUGCAGUGUAUCCCCAUAACCUGGCAGUGUGACGGCUGGACAGCAUGCGAGGACAAAAGCGACGAGAUGGACUGUCCCCUUAUAAAGGCAGAGAGGUUUCGCUUUGAGAACGGAUACGAGAACGUAGAAGACGCCAUCGGCGUAGCUCAGCCCAUUCGCUUCAACAAGAAGUGUCCCAACGGCUGGCAUCACUACGAGAAGACGGCCAGCUGCUACAAAGCCUACCUGAAGAAAGAGAACUACUGGAAGGCCGUGGAGACGUGCCAGAAGGUUAACGGCUCCUUGGCUACGUUCGUGACCAGCGAGGAGCUCCAGUUCAUACUGGAGAUCGAGCUGGACUUUGACGACAAAGUGUGUGAGCGCAGAGAACAGUGCACGUUUUGGGUGGGCUAUCAGUAUGUGAUCACCAAUCGAAGUCGCACCUUGGAGGGCCGUUGGGAAGUGGCCUCCAAAGGGUCCCUGGAGGUGAUUUGGCCGCCUGAGGGCCUGAAGAAGUUUGGGGAGACCUCUCCCUCUCAGGACAACGUCUUCUGCGCCCAGCUGCAACGCUUCCAGAGCAAGAGCAUGAAUGAACACGGCCUGCACAGCUGGGACGCCGAGAACUGCUACAAGAAGUUCCCGUUCCUCUGCAAGAGGAGGCAAACAUGUGUGGACAUAAAAGACAAUGUAGUAAAUGAGGGCUACUACUUCACCCCGAAGGGGGACGACCCGUGUCUGAGCUGCACGUGUCAUGAUGGCGAGCCGGAGAUGUGUGUGGCGGCGCUGUGUGAGCGGCCGCAGGGCUGCACUCGCUUUCAGAAGGAUCCCAAAGAGUGCUGCAAGUUCACCUGCCUGGAUCCCGAUGGAAGCGCCCUGUUUGAUUCGAUGGCCAGUGGGAUGAGGCUGAUCGUCAGCUGCAUCUCGUCCUUCCUCAUCCUGUCGCUGCUGCUCUUCAUGGUGCACAGACUUCGUCAGAGAAGACGCGAACGCAUCGAGACUCUGAUCGGAGGCAACUUGCACCACUUCAACCUCGGAAGACGAGUGCCGGGCUUCGACUACGGCCCAGAUGCCUUCGGCACCGGUCUCACUCCUCUGCACCUGUCUGACGACGGCGAAGGCGGGGCUUUUCAUUUCCAGGAGCCGCCUCCGCCGUACGCCGCCUACAAAUACGCCAACAUCCAGCACCCAGACGACCCCCCUCCUCCGUACGAAGCCUCCAUCAACCCAGACACUUUCCUCUACGUGGACUUCGGACACAGCGGGGUCUCCAUGGUGCCGAGCCAGAUGAACUCUCUGGGCGACGGGCUCGAGGCCGAACUUCCCAACUGCCCCGCUCCAGCGCCCGUUUGCGUGCCGUCGUCUCAAGAGAGGGAGGACUCCAUAGACAGCAGCACCCUCCUGGUGGGGCCCGACACGCCAACAGAUGGCCACGCCCCCGCCCCUCUGCCCGCAGACUGCACGUCCUCCCUCAGCACUGUGGUAUAGGAGCGAAGGACGGAGCCGCGCCCGGAUCUCACUAGCCAGGACUGCAGGCUGUUGAUGUCGGCCGCAGGGAGGAGACUCGUGUUUUGUACAGACGUAUGAGGAGUAGCGGCGACUGUUUUCUUACAGCGGGGUUUUUCCUUCUGAAGACGAAGUGUUCGGUUUUGUUUGCUUUUUGAAGACACUGGCAUCCGAGGGAGCAGCAAGGACCGACUCUGUAGAAAAAAACAAACAAAAAACAAACGGAUCCCAAUAAUUUGACAUGGCUGCGCUCUUUGUUUUGUUGCUGAGAAGCAGCCUAAUUGGGUGAAACCCCGACUGCUGUAAAUGCUCCCUGAGGUUCAGACUUCAUACCUGUGUGUUUCAGUCCCGCACAGCGUCAAACUACCAGCCCAGCUUUUGUUGCUUGUACGCUUUUUGUUGCGUCACACAUUGAGCUGAUAAAAACCUUCAUUUUUACAAUCCGAUCUAAGCAGCCGUCUUCCAGAUUUAUAGCACAGAUUUGCAGAAGCAGAUGUUUUAUAGCUCAGAAGGUGUUUGGUAGUCUAUUAUCGUUGGGUUUUUACCGGGCUAUGCUGACAAAAAAAGCUUUAGAUGUCAGAAGACUGUGGUGACGCUGGUUAUUAUCAGUUUGGUAUUGCGUUUGUUUAUUAAUUUAUGACUGCAGGCUGUAAUUUUGGUUGCUUGUUGGAGACGUGUAAGCUGAUUAAUGAUGUGAUAAAGACCUGGUUACUGUAUGGGUAAAGAUUAGAGAUGAAGGUCUUUCAUAGAAGGAAAAAAUAAUAAUUUAAAAGAUUUCUCCAAUUAUGACGUUAAGCCAUGCUAACAUUCAAAUUCUGUAUUAUUUGUGGUUGGGCCGUUGUGUUCAGUCUUCACGCUUUGAUUCGUGAGGUAAGCUCAUCGACUGUCGCUUCCUGUCCGUCCCAGAAUGUGCCAACCAGGCGUGGGCUGGCGCAACGUUUUCUUGGUAGCAUAAUUUUAGUAAAAAACAUGUAUAUCAAGAUAUUUUCAUGCAACUGUGAAACAAAAAGGCAGCAUAUAGUGAUCUUAUUGGUUUAAUUAAAACUAUACCUUGGUGUUGCUAAAACAAUCUGAGAUAUUUAUUAUUACAGGUUUAAUAAUUCAACUGACUUUAUUCUAAAAUAUAAACACAAACUACAUAUAGCAGCAGCUUUCAACCAAACAUGUCGAUUGUUCACAAUGUUCCUGUUUAGUCAUGUAAUUCUGGAUGGGUAUGGAAAACUCUUCGUAUAAUCCAAGGACAAAUGAAUGAAACAGUCCAAGGAGAAAUAAAUACUUUUUGGCUCCUGGACUUUCUUACAACAUGCAGUUUUUAAAAUUGGCCUUUAGAUGCCAAAAAAGCAUUAAUUACAUUGAUUUCUGGAGACGCAUCAAAAGCCUUAGUCUUUGUUUCACUAAUGUACAUCAUAUUAGUGCUCAAUUUAAAAAAUCCAUACGUUUAUUUGAUUUUUAAAUUGAGAUAAGUUUGUUCAGUUUCCAAAUAUAUAGUGAAAUGUCCCUUUAACACACUGAUGAAUUGUAAACCGACCAAAUAAUAAACCUCAACCUUACUGAAAUGUUCAGCCUGUCAUAAAAUCUACCAGGAAAAAUAAUAAAUGUUGAAGUGUAAACUUUGUAGUAACCAUGAGUGCAGAAUAUUUUAGCUUUUUGCCCAGUUUAAAAAGUCAGAAACCUGAUCAUUACUGCAUCUAUCUAGCCUGCAGUCCGCUGCUUACCAUACAAAACCAGCUAACUAGUUUAAAAUCAAAAUUAUUUCCAAACAGCCUGAUUUCUUGCUCUUAAAAUCCAAGCACAAGUUUAGCACCUCAGCUCUACCUCUUCCUGUGGCGUUUUAUUAAAGGGAAUUAAAAUGUGUGGCCAGCCCAUGCCUGGGUUGAACCUCUGCAGAACAUGAUGAUGGUGUUUCUGCAAAACUGUUGCUGUUUUGGUUUUGUCUUUUUCUCUCUUUGAUGAAAUGUGUAUUUAAAAGAAAAAAAAUUGUAAGUUUGGAGCAAGUAAGACGACAAUCGUCGGAUUCAUUCGAGGAUGGAUUCGACGGAGUUGGGAGUUUGUUUUAUUUUUUGGAGGUUCCUCCAUCACCACCAGCAGCAUCCAAACUCAUGAUCCACCCCCCAAAAAUAGUUUAAAAUAUGUCUGACUCCACAUCUCAUGAUUGAAUGUACUGAAUAUACAUAUAUAUAUAUAUAUAUAUAUAAUACAUGACUUUUUGUGCUCAUCUUUUACUCAUUUCUUUUUUAUUUUCUACUUUUUGCGUUGACAAUCCACAGUGGAUUAUCCAGCAAACCGAGUCAUGUUUUCAUACGCUGCCAAACGUGAGCAUGUGUGUUUAACAGAUGGUGUUCAGUUCUGUUUGCACCAUCUUUUGUUUUGGUUUUCUUCUUGCUUUAUGUACCUUUUGGUGCAUGUUUUUUUUUUUUUAUGUGUUGGCAUGCUGAGAGGUAAUUUUAGCACAACAGUGUACAGUAGAUUUAAAGGCUCAUACAUGUAGUUCAGCGUUUUGUAUGAACUGAAAGCCUGGUGGGGGGGGAUUGUAAUGCAACUUAUGCUACAUUUCUUUGUCUCUUAUUUGACAGCCCUUAAAUUAAAAACGGGGGG